AUGCCUCUCGCUGUGCUCUCUCGGUCUCUUUUGGAAGUCUCUUAUGACUCCCUUCACUCUUCCUCUGUACAAGCUGAUAUUCUCCAAGCUGUCAUUGGACAGGGUAUACUCGCAAUCAAGUCUUUACCGCCAUCCUUCACCGAGGCGCAAUCCAUUCUAGCCGAGGCGCUCCCUCUGUGCAGUGGUGGUCGAGAGGAUGUUAUGGGAGACGGAACGAUUCGAACUACUCUCGCUCAAGUUUCGGCCGAUGAGAGUCCGGCUUUCCUCCGCAAUAGGGCGUGCCCAGUGUCCACCGUCCAGGCGAGGCGGGAUGUACACACCACCCUUGACCACGUCGGUCAGAGAGUAGCGGGAGCUAUGGAUCGGGUUGGUACUGCCAAGGAAGCUCUUACGCAGUGGACUACCUUAGGGUCUCCAUAUAGAGCAUCCAGUUGGUGA